GAGGCCUCUGAGCUGUCCUCUCUGAAACCCCAGCUGGAUCAGGUUGGGGUGCCGCUUUAUGCUGUUGUGAAAGAGAGCCUUGGGACGGAGGUGGCCGACUUUCAGCCCUAUUUCAAGGGGGAAAUAUUUCUGGAUGAAAAGAGGAAAUUCUACGGCCCUCAAAAAAGGAAGAUGCUGUUUCUGGCCAUUUUCCGCUGGAACGUCUGGAGGAACUUCUGGCGUGCUUGGAGGAGCGGCUACACCGGCAACUUGGAUGGAGAAGGCGUGAUCCUGGGAGGGGUGUUCGUCAUCGGCCCAGGGAGACAGGGGCUUCUCCUGGAACACCGUGAGAAGGAAUUUGGAGACAAAGUUAGCCGGGAUGCUGUCCUUGACGCUGUUAAGAAGAUCAAAGCGCAACCUUCAGACCGUGGAGAAUAGAGCCCCCUUCCUUUUUUGUUGCAAAUGCUAAACGUUGCCACGCAAACGUGGGUCUUAGUCUCUGCCAGGUUCUCAAUUUCUCCCCAAUAACCUCCACCUUCCUCGUAGCUCUUUCUGUCCGUUCUUCAGAUACCGCCAAGUCCUUCUGUCUUUGUCCUGCUGGGUUAAUGAAAGGCCAGAUCUGAAAUUUUUAAGAUCUGACCAAGAUCCUUUCCAGUUGGAACGAAACAUUCAGGUGUAUCGGGGUGUCAAGAGGAUGAUGGAAAGCUUAAUAAACAUUGUUUUGAAAGUUCAAA